UAUUUAGGAAUGAAACACUUAUAGUAUAGUUUCUGUUGUGUAUGUAUGUGCAAAAACUUAUGUUAUGAAUUUGAAAGGGAUUUUCGCUGUUUCUACAGUGUUUUUCAUGUCUCAAAUAUCAACAGGAUCGGCAAUAGCUUGCUACCAAUGUGAGGAAAUAUUGGGACCACAGAGUCAGUGUGCGAAUAAUGUCAAGAAAGUUCUCACCGCAAAUUGCACCGAAUAUUUUUCUUGUAUAAAAUACAAGAUGAAAGAUGGAAACGUAACAACAAUCUUCAGAAACUGUGCUCCUCGCAACAAAUGUGACGUAAUCAAAGGAUCUCUGACAGGAUCUCAGACUCUCUCAUUUUGUGGAACAUGUAAUUCGACAUUGUGUAACUCUGCCCAGAUGACGAGGGCUCCAUUAUUGAUACAUUCAUUUUGGAUGGUCUUGUAUAUUAUGUAUACAUAUAGUUCUUAGAACCAUUAUAAACUACACUCGUUUUCAAUGUUAGACAAACAUAGUAUAUAUACAAGGUGUUUUUGAAAUGGGUACAUAUAUUCAGCUCAUCGAUAUGAUACAGUCUAAC